AUGGCGAAGUACGAGAAUCCCGUUGACUUCUAUCGACAACACAUCGCCGAACGCUUGGCACCCCUGGUCGACAAGAAGGAAUCCGAAAUCUACCCUGUGCUUUCGUGGACUACGACAUUAGACAAGGGCGACCUGAUACUGCCAGCAGCCGCACUUCGAAUCAAGGGCAAGAAGCCACAAGAGAUCGCUGACGAUGUGGCCUCAAAAUUUCCGACAGAUGACCAAACAUUGGUGACGAUACAGGCACAGGGAGCUUUCCUGGCUUUCUUCUUCAAACCACAGAGCCUCAUCAGCCGCGUGGUACCCCUGAUCCUCCAACAGAAGGAAGCCUAUGGUCCAAACCCGACAUUAGGUCUGAAAGACCCAAAGGACGAGUCGAAAGGCAGCAAAAAGGUCAUUGUCGAAUUUUCGUCACCGAAUAUUGCCAAGGAAUUCCAUCAAGGUCAUCUUCGAAGUACAAUCAUCGGCGGCUUUCUCUCGAAGCUAUAUGCUCAGACUGGAUGGGAAGUCAUCCGUAUGAACUACCUCGGUGAUUGGGGUAAGCAAUAUGGUUUGCUUGCCAACGGCUUCAGAAAAUUCGGCAGUGAUGAGCAGCUCGAGAAAGACUCUAUUCAGCAUUUGUUCCAAGUCUACGUCCAGAUCAGCAAGAUUCAAAAGGAGCAGAACGAACCGAUCGACGCGUUGAAGAAGGAAAUCACCGAGAAGCGGAAAACAGGUCAGGAUGUCUCGGAGCUGGAAGCCAAGUUGGCGCCAUUGGUCGACGCCAGCGAAGAUGAGGCUGCUCGGAAGUACUUCAAGAGUAUGGAGGACAAUGAUCCUGACGCUAUUGCCCUGUGGACCAAAUUCCGAGACCUGAGUAUCUCGAAAUACAAGAAGACUUACCAACGAUUAAACAUUGCUUUCGAUGUUUUCUCAGGAGAAUCACAGGUUGGCAAGGAGAUGAUGGAGAAGGUCUUGACGGAUUUGAAGAAGCAAGGUAUUGCUGAGGUGGACCAAGGUGCAACCCUGAUCGACUUCUCAAAGCACGGUGCCAAGAAGCUCAACAAGGCUAUCAUUAUUCGACGAGAUGGCACACCGCUGUAUCUGACCCGAGAUCUGGCUGCGAUCCUGGAACGCCACGAGAAGUAUGGCUUCGACAAGAUGAUCUACGUAAUCGCAGAUCAGCAGAACGAGCACGUUGCCCAGCUGUUCAAGACCACAGAGAUCAGUGGACACAAAGAUGUAGCCUCGAAAUGCGAGCACAUCAGCUUCGGAAUGGUGAAAGGCAUGAGCACCCGCAAAGGCACCGUCAAGUUCCUUGACGAUGUCAUCGCUGAUGUGCGCGUCAAGAUGUGGGACGUGAUGAAAUCGAACGAGAAGAAGUACGAGCAGCUCGAAAACCCAGAGGCCAUUGCCGACGUUCUUGCCAUCUCUUCGAUUAUGGUUCAAGAUCUCAAGGGCAAGGUCCGCAACGGCUAUGAUUUCAAUAUUGACCAGAUGACUGCAUUUGAAGGCGACACUGGUCCAUACUUGCAGUAUGCUCAUGCUCGGUUGUGCUCGAUUGAGCGCAAAGCUGGUGUUGAUCUAAGCACAUUGAGCAGCGCAGACUGGUCGAAGUUGUCAGAGAGUCACGCUGUUAACCUAGUCCGAGCGCUGGCUCAAUGGCCUGAUGUGGUGACCAACACUGUCAAGACGCAGGAGCCCGCUACAGUGCUCACGUAUCUCUUUAAGAUGGCGCACGCGCUGAGCUCCAGUUAUGACCAGUUGCAGGUUGUUGGCAGCGAACCGGAACUUCAGAAAGCUCGACUGGCGCUGUACGAGGCUGCUCGACAGGUGUUGUGGAAUGGUAUGACUCUGCUCGGUCUUUCUCCUGUUGAACGCAUGUGA